AUGGAAAUUGGUUUGGCAAAAGAAAGCAGAAGCAGAAGAAGGAUGGAAAAUACAACUGAUAACUAUCGUAGAAUUCCACCGCGAAGCAAAUUUAACGACGAAGAAUCCACUGCAGUGUUAAGGCUGAUUAUUGAGCAAGAAAGACUGCUUAAAACUCCAGCAAAUCCGGUUCUGAAUAUCAAUAGCGACAAGCUGAAAAGACUCCCUCCACUGAAUGGCAAAAUGCAGGAUUCCUUGGAUCAAUUUGACCCGCACAGGAGCCAGCGGAAACACAGGCCGGGGGACGACAUUGUUCUGAGCAGGCCGACGCUUUUGAAAGGAAAGGAAUGUCGUGCGCUCGAGGAACCGGCAUCGCUCGGCAAGCCAAAAGUUCCAGAAAUAUACAGCACGCCAAAAAUCGCACGUCCUCGAGAUCGCGAGAGACCGCGCGCGUCGUACGGACGACUCGCUCCGAGUCGUAGUAGUAGCACGGAAACGAACACGCGAAUCCGCUCAAGAAGCAUGGAGGAAGCUACGGAGGAAUGUAACGACUUAACUUUCUCGGCGACUGACGAGGUUUUGGAAAGACCGACAAAUCCUACACCAUUAGAGAACGAAGAUGACUUUAGAAAUAAUCAAGAAAUUGCAGCCAGGACUUCAUGUAGCCAAAGCGCAUGUGAUGAUAGCGAAGACGACAAAGUGAACACACAGCGAGUCAUCGCUUCUUACAUUAAUUAAACGAUACAAAAUGUGGUUUUCUUAGUCAUGGAGCAGACAUCAUGCGAACGGAAUGACGGAAUGAUGGUAGAGUUGGUUUCACUUUGCUUCCUGUUUACCUGGUGACAAACUUUUAAGAAUAAGCAAACUUGUUGACAUAAUUGAGAACACUAAGACGGCUUGGGAAGUGGACUAACGUCAAAGCUGAUUUUAAAGAAAAGGUUUAAAGAAACCGUCUCGCCAUACUAUUUUAGAACUAAUAUAACCUCUAAAGUAAAAAUGAAAAUAUUUCAGUAGCCAGAGAUGGCAUUGCAUAAAAAAAAAAAAAUAAAAAAAACUGGACCAUGUCUUGGAUUAACUAAGAUAUCUUUCUCUCGAUGUGACAAGUUUUUAUAUGUAACACGCUCGUAAUUCCAAAAAUAGUAAUUUCAGAGUGCAGCCUCUAUAUCCCGCGGCUCGUAAUUAUUAUUUUUUUUAUUUCCAAAGCAAAUAAAAUUGAGGAGCCAUUCGAGACGGUUUCUUGCCAAAGGGUAAAAUUAAAAGGAGCGUCAAACGCGGAUAAUUUCGACAGUGCUGUUGGGCAUUCUGGCAGAUAUCGAGAAAAAUGAGCUUUUUCACUUUGAUCUGCAAGAUGAGAUCUCACAAAUUAAUUCACAAUUACAAAGGUGAACUCAGCGGGAAAGGACCCCAACCUCCCCCGUCGCUGAAGAACAAUUUAGUGUGUCUCAUUAUUAUGACAACCACGAAACAACGGAGAUUGAAAGCGAGACAGAAACUUUAAUCUGUAAACUGACUCAACUCAGCCUUUAAACGAACGGAGCGGGCGCCAUAAGUUCUUUUAUCAAUAUUUUACCGCUUGUAUCAAAUGUGUACCGUUGGUAGGGAGGGCUAAGAUGUUUACAUGAGAGACUUACAAAGAACGGCAGAAAAUGUCAUAAGAGAAAUAUAUAAUGGAAAAAACACCAGAGGCAACGUAAAAUGAAAAUAAAUGGAAAAUCAUAUUUAAUGUA